UGGCGCUCGUGUCUGAGAGGGAUUUGAUUGGUUGGCUGCGCGGACCCUUCUAUUCAGUCGGCAGGAAAGAUGGCGCUGAGAGCCCUGGUCGGUGUCAAGCGGGUCAUAGACUAUGCAGUGAAGAUCCGAGUGAAGCCCGAUAAGACCGGCGUGGCCACCGAUGGCGUGAAACACUCCAUGAACCCGUUCUGCGAGAUCGCUGUGGAAGAAGCCGUCAGAUUAAAGGAGAAGAAGAUCGUCAGCGAGAUCAUCGCAGUCAGCUGUGGCCCCCAGCAAUGCCAGGAGACCAUCCGAACGGCGUUGGCCAUGGGAGCCGACCGCGGGAUCCACGUUGACGUUUCUGCGAAGGAUGCAGAGGCCCUCGGACCUUUCCAGGUCUCGAAGAUCCUGGCAGCGCUGGCCAAGAAGGAGAACGUGAACCUGGUGCUCCUGGGUAAACAGGCCAUAGAUGAUGACUGUAAUCAGACUGGACAGAUGACUGCAGCCCUGCUGGACUGGCCUCAGGCCACUUUUGCAUCCGAGGUUAAAGUGGAAGGCGAGAAGCUGACAGUGAUCCGGGAGAUAGAUGGAGGGUUGGAAACCAUCAGCAUGAAGCUUCCAGCCGUGGUGACCGCCGACCUGCGGCUAAAUGAACCGCGUUAUGCUACUCUACCCAACAUCAUGAAAGCCAAGAAGAAGAAGAUUGAAACUGUGAAGCCGUCAGACCUGGGGGUGGAGACCACAAGCCGCGUCCAUAUACUGAGCGUGGAGGACCCCCCGCAGAGACAGGCCGGGGUCAAAGUGGAAACCGUAGAGGAUCUUGUGAACAAGCUGCGGGAGAGUGGCCACAUCUAAUUCCAGCUACUGCUGUGACUUCUGCUGCAGAUGCCAGAGGAGCGGGACUCGUCACAUCCGGCUGUACCGUCCCCAUCACCCAUCGAUGCCUUGCCGGAUCACUGCCGGCCGCCGCCGGUUACGACUGUAGCAGCCUCUCGAUAAGCGGGAGACGGGCAGAGGAGAAGCAAAUGGAGAUCAAUCAGGUUUUUUUUUGUUUUUUGUUUUUUCUUCUCUCAGCUGUAAUUAAGCUUUGUCUAUAAAUAAACGUUCCUCCUUUGUACGUCCGGA